AUGCAGGCUACAAGCUUUGAUGACAUCAAAGCCAUCACUGAGGAAUUUGGGACUAGCCGGCUCCAAGCUACAAAAACUAUUAGUCCACUCGAGGACCUUGUGUUUGUUCAGAGUGGAACUUUGGAAUACAUUGGAGGUGAUUUCCCGUAUUUCACCGAAUCUCAUUAUAUCCAUUCUCAGACCCACCGGCUGGCUGACUCCUCCCACCUUCUGGUUGUCGUCGCAAAAUGUUACACGGCUAAGUUUAUAUUUCCAGCAAAACCUGACGGAGUUUUUUCCGACCAGCUUCCAAUACAUACCUUCUGUGCCAGUGGCACAUAUGGAACGGACAGACCAACUGGAUUUCAAAUUCACUUGCUGAAUUUCACGACCGGGGAAAAGAUAGGUCUUCCUAGAUUAGAACUACCGUGUGGUUAUAGCGGUCUUACGGAUUGUUUAUUAGGAUUUGAUCCAGCCAAUAAACAAUACAAGGUACUACUUUACUCUUAUUCUGAGAGUAAGUAUUCUAUAAUCACUCUGGGGGAGAAUGUUAUUUCAAAGUCAUGUUCGUGGAGGGAAUUGUCAAUUUCAGCUCCUCUUAAUGUUAAUAGAACGAAUAUAUGUGUUGAUGGCGCCAUAUACGAGACACCAUACAGAAAUGGUGAACGUGUUGUGCAAUAUUUUGGAGUUAGGGAGGAAAAGUUUAAGUCAGUGCUGAUUCCUGAUCAAAUGACUCGUGACCAAUAUCAUUUUUUCUCAACAGAGAUUGGGGGCAAAUUCACAUUGGCUGUGUUAGACAAGGAUGGUGCUAGUAAGAUAAUCCUAUGGACACUGAUCAACAGGGAUGAUCAAAAGUGGGUUAAAGACACGAUUGAGCUGCCAAGGGAGCUGCUUUCCAAUGUGAUGGGAGUCCGCACAAUUGGUAGCAUAAAUACAGGCUACAAGCUUUUGGUGACCGCGAAGCCGGCACCGCCGACCUCCAAGUUGGGGAUGUUGAUCUUUUGUGAUUUGGGUGAUGGUAAGAAGUAUGAGGUCAAGCAACUAAUGUUUGAGGAUAAUAAGGUAGCGAAUUUGGUAAUUGGUGCAGUGCUUUUGCAGGAGGAUUAUGUUGUUAUUCAUCAUGUGGAAAACAUUCUUCGUUUGAAUUGUCCCCCAAGGAGCUUAGCAGAAUAG